UCAACAGAGCAAAACGAAUUCCUGGUCGACGUGUCACAUACAUAUUUCUAGACAGUGUGAAUUGUACCUUUGUGAAGGAAUAUUUCUUGAAAUGUCAUCUAAGUAUCUGAUUCCCAAGGAGAAGGGAUUAGGUAUAGUGAACACUGCCGUAUUUAUCGUUGGGGAUGUUUCUGGGACAGGUAUACUUUCCUUAGCAAGAGCUGUGGAGGAUACAGGAUGGACGGGACUGAUAUUGAUUGUGGUGUUUGCGAUCAUCUCGGCGUAUACUGGUAUCCUUCUUGGUGAGGCUUGGAUCAUGGCAUCUGAGUUGUUUGAAGACUGUAAAGGACACAUACAAAAUCCUUAUCAACUUCUUGCGCAGAAAACCUACGAUAAAGUAGGCAGAUAUGUGUUAUCGGUAAGCCUGCAUACAACCGUUUUCGGGGGAGCGGUCGUGUUUCUGCUGCUGGCCGCGGACAACAUGCAAAGCUUAGUACAGACUCUUGGAUACGACCUUUCCUUCUGUUUCUGGGUGCUGAUUUUAAUUACACUCCUGCUUCCUCUUACUUGGUUUGGAACGCCUAAACAUUUCUGGUUGAUUGCGUACGGAUCUACUCUUUCCACCAUUUCGACUACAGCUAUAAUAUUGGUUAGUGUAGGUGAGGAGGCCCCAACACAGCCGAAAGUACGCCAUCAUGAGAUCAACGGUGAGGGGUUUAUGUUAGCACUGGGAACUAUCGUGUUUGCUCUAGGAGGUCAUCCGAAUUUUCUUACUUUACAAGUGGACAUGAAUAGGCAGAAGGACUUCCGAAAAUCAAUCUUCCUCACCUUUAUAAUAGUGAGUUGUCUUUACCUACCCGUGGCUUCUGUUGGAUACUUUGUGUACGGAGACUCCCUGGAUGCCAAUAUUAUAAACAACCUACCACCUGGAGGACCGACUUACGUUGCCCUAAUACUGAUUACCAUUCAUCUGUUGUCAGCCUUUGUUAUAAUUCUCAAUCCGCUUUUACAGGAAGUCGACAUGGUACUUCAUGUGCCAAAAGAAUUUACCUGGAAGAGGUGUGUCACCAGGUCCUUUGUUCUCAUCUGUGUAUUGUUUGUGGCGGAGACUAUCCCAAAAUUCGAAUAUGUCUUGUCGCUGAUUGGUGGUUCUUCCCUGACAAUACUAGUGUUUAUAUGUCCUAUAUUAUUCCAUAUGAGAAUGUGUAAACUGAAGGCAAACGCUGGUAAUAAUGUCGCCAUGGUUACUAUGGAUGUGCAGGCUCCCUUGGAUGAGAAAUUUGAACCGAUAGCCCCAUGGAGGAAGGUACUGAACUACGAAAUAAUAUGUAUAGGUGUUCUGGCCGGAGUGACUGCCACGGUGUCCGCCAUUAUCAACAUCGUCAGUCCAGACUCAUUCUCCGUGCCCUGUUAUAUUAAUAUAACCAGGGCCUCUACGUGACAAUGACUUCGCUCAAAUAUAUUCAAAGUCGAACGUCACCGCUGAAUAUUAGACUAAUCAUUGUCAGAUUCAAUUAUCGGUCCUUUCCUGGAUUUCGUAUUCUAUUACUUGUUAAUUUAGGAUACCGUGCAUUUCAACAAAUAUUUUGGAAACCGAGCAGGAGUGCUGAGCAAUAUGCAUUUCACGUUUGUCAAUGUAGUAACACGAAAUCUAAUCAGUUUACUGACACGAGACAACUGUUCCAAAAUGAUUUUUUUCUUACAUUUUUGUGUUUGGGAAAUAUAUUUGUAUUAAAGGUAAGUGGAAUGAUA